ACUAGUUUAGUUCCAAUAUGGGAACACCAUCAGAGUUGGGGCAAUGGCCCCUUCUUGUUUAUGUUUUUGCCUUUUGCUUGGUAGCCACUAGUGUAGCAGCUGAUUAUAAGCCUCACAAUUAUGAUUCAUCAUCUUUGUCAUACCGUUUUAAGUCACGACCGCCUCCGCCACCUUCUCCACGACGUCAUUACUAUUAUAAAUCACCUCCGCCGCCUUCUCCGCGACGUCAUCACUAUUAUAAAUCGCCUCCACCGCCUUCUCCACGACAUCAUCCCUAUUAUAAAUCGCCUCCGCCUCCAUCACCAUCACCACCUCCUCCACAUUAUUACAAAUCUCCACCGCCACCAAUCCUUUCACCUCCUCCAAUAUAUCAUUACAAAUCUCCACCACCGCCUUCUCCAUUUCCACCGCCACUUUAUUACCAUAUUCCACCACCACCACCACCAAUCCAUUCUCCUACUAAACCACCACUUCCUUCUCCAUUUUCAUCACCAUCACCAUCUCCAUCUCCAUCUCCGUUGCCACCACCACCAUUGAGUACAUCUAUCAAUGAACCAUCUCCAUCUCCAUCAACGCUAGCACCUUCAACUACACCUAUUGCUGAACCAUUUCCAUCUCCAUCGUCACCACCACCAUUGACUACACCUAUCGCAGAACCAUCUCCAUCGAUGCUAGCACCAUGGACUACACCUAUCCCUGAACCACUUCCAUCUCCAUUGCCUUCACCACCAUCAAUUACACCUACCGCUGAACCAUUACCAUCUCCAUCCCCUCCAUCGCCAUCGAAUUCACCUAUUGCUGAACCAUCCCCAUCUCCAAUAGUGUCAUUGUCACCAUCAACUACACCUAUCGCUGAAUCGUUCCCAUCUCCAUCACCACCCCCACCAUUGAUUACACCUAUCGCUGAACCAUUUCCAUCUCCGUCGCCUCAACCGCCAUUGAUUACACCAAUUCUUGAACCAUUUCCAUCUCCACUGUCACCUCCAUCUCCGUCUUUGUCUCCACCUAUAUUUCUGUCUCCAUCUCCACCACUUCCAGUUAAGUCCCCGCCUCCUCCAUUAAAAUCUCCACCACCACCUCCAGUUAAGUCCCCGCCUCCUCCAUUAAAAUCUUCACCACCACCUCCGCUUAACUCCCCGCCUCCUCCAUUAAAAUCUCCACCACCACCUCUAGUUAAGUCCCCGCCUCCUCCAUUAAAAUCUCCACCACCACCUCCUCUUAACUCCCCGCCUCCUCCAUUAAAAUCUCCACCACCACCUCCAGUUAAGUCCCCGCCUCCUCCAUUAAAAUCUCCACCACCACCUCCGAUUAACUCCCCGCCUCCUCCAUUAAAAUCUCCACCACCACCUCCAGUUAAGUCCCCGCCUCCUCCAAUAAAAUCUCCACCACCACCUCCACUUACAUCCCCGCCGCCUCCAUUUAAAUCUCCACCACCACCUCCGAUUAAGUCCCCGCCUCCUCCAUUAAAAUCUCCACCACCACCUCCGAUUAAGUCUCCGCCUCCUCCAUUAAAAUCUCCACCACCACCUUUUCAACCUCCCCCACCUCCAGUAAAGUCUCCGCUAUCUCCAUUUCCAAUAACUAUUCCACCAUUGCCACGACUACCUCCGUUCCCGCUUUCGCCAUUUCCACAACUACCUCCACUCCCGCCUCUUCCAUUUCCACGACUACCUCCAUUCCCAACUUUUCCAUUCCCAUUUCCUCCAUUUCCCUUUCAUCAGGCACCCUAGUACUACAACUCACCUCCAUUAUCGGCAUUGAAUUCUCAUGGUUAUCAUUACAAAUCUUCUCCUCCUUCCCAACUAAAAUAUGUUUCACUUUAGAAUAAUUGCAUGGUAUUGCAUCUUGUCUCAUUUGAACUAUAUGUAAUCAAUUGGCAUUUAUCAGAGAUUUGCUUGUUGACAUUGUAAUGCUUUUUCUUCCGGAUUUAGUGUAUUCUAAAUAAAAAGAAUUCGAAUGAAAUUCGGCUACAGUUAUA